GCUCGAGUGAUUCAUGGUGGCGCACCAGCCGGAAAGUCGCGCUCGCUUGUUGGCUCCGGCGAUGAAAAGUUCGCCCGCGAGCGAAAAGGUGUCAACGUAGUCAGAACGCAGUGGAAAACCGGAUGCAAGACCGAACUCGCAAACUGUUAAUUUCUAAGGCAAAACACCGUGUGUGCAGUUGGUGGAUAUGCCAGAUACAGAUGACUAUUCAGAUCCAGAUCGGAGAGAAGCCACAAUAAAGCCCGAGAAAUCGAGCGAUCGGCGAAACAACAACUAGCUCUCAACGCACAUUAACGCAAAUCGCCUCAAAUUAACACUGAACACUUAAAUCAGAAUACAAAAGUGCGGAUAUAAUACGAUCUACAAGCCAUGAAUUCGAAGCCAACUACCAAGCUGGCCGAAAUUGAGCAGUUUUUGUUGGAUGUCCGCGCCCACUUCCGAGCCUCGUUGGAGACCUCGGAGUACGAGAACACCUCGAACCUAUUCCACGUGACGGCCGCCGAGCAGACCGCUGCGCUUCUGGCCCGCUGCGAGAUCCUGCUGGCUGCAGCCAGUUCUGGAUCGGGACUGGAACUGCGAUCGGGCUUGGGAUGCGCAGACGAGCAGGCGGCAGUAAACCACCGUUCCUGCCUGGUAGACUGCGUCGACAGCAAGGUGGGCGCGGAUACCGGUCCCAGCGGCUAUCUGGAGAUGAUUGCCUCCUCGUCUCCCUCAAAAAGCUCCCUGUCCGCUUCGCGGGAGUACAUUGAUUUGGGCAGCAGCGGAUCCCAGGAUCGUUGCUCUGUUAAUCAACCGAUUCCGGGAGCGAAGGACAAGGAGCCAAAUCAGCAGCUCUACGAGAUUUGCCAGGGCCAAGGCCAGGGAUCGAGUCAGGACGAGGACGAGGCGCAUCAGGCGAUAACCUUCACGCACGAGGUGUUCAUUGAUUGUCCUUACGCUGAUCUGCCAGCUGGCCACUUGUCCCUGCAGAAAUCCACAAAAUACGGACAGCUGCAGAGGAUUGUUCCAAAACGUCUGUUCUUCGACCAGACCCGCAAGUGCUACUGUGGCAUCCUGAACGACUGGAUGCUGUGCUAUGCCGACGGCCCGACCGCCUGUCGACCCAGCAGCACUCUCUACUUGAAGAGCUCCUCCAUCGAGAUAGAGCAUUUUGGAGAGGGAAAGCGGCGUGAUAUCUGCUUCCAGAUCACCACAGACGAUCCCAACAAGAAGUUUGUGUACCAGGCCAACAACGAAGUCGAUGCCAAAGAGUGGAUACAUGCCAUUGAGGCGGCCAUCCGCGGAGAUGCCGGUGCUCAGUCAGCCCUGAAAAGUCCACCGCCCCGGAAAUUGCCCACGCCACCGGUCCAGAAAAAAACCACCUAUACAGCAGCGGAUAUCAUCUACGAGGAGCCCUCGCCUGUGUAUGGCCUCAUGGACUCCUCCUCCAUGGCUCUACCAAAGCUGCCGGAGAAGAACAACAGUCCAAGCGCCCUCGCCCGGCGUCUCGAGUACGAUGUGCCCAAAUGUCCGGCUCAGCCGCUGCAAGACGCCUCCGCCGGAGUAUUAACUGUAAGUGGUGAGUUGGAAUCCCUGGGACUUCUCCACGAGGGAGAUAUUAAGGUGCAACCGCAGCCUUCCAGCUUGCACGGAAACAUAUCGAUGGACUUUCAGGCAAGGGUGAAAUCAGUGCACAGCGAGCUCUCCACUCAGUUGUCAACGGCCGGUCCCAGUCCGGAUCGUCUGAAAAAGGCAUUGAAAAAGAGCUACUCGAAUGGCACUGAACCGGAAAUGCUCUCUCCCCUGACCAGCCCCGCCUAUACGCCCACCAAGGAUCAGAAGAAGCAGCGCAAGUCAACCACCUCACCGCAAUCCAGUCCGGCCAGCAAGGACUGCGACAAGCUGGCUCGAAACUGGUUCCUCAGUCGCCUGAACAAGACCACCGGAUUGAAAGCGACCAACGCAGGCAGUGCAUCACCCAACAACGUCAAGUGCAAGCAGAGCGAGAAGGAGAACCUGCUGACGGAAACGGAGCUUGGCGAGGGUUAUGAUGCAAGUCCGGGUGAUCGGGAUCACGGCCUGCCGGGCAGCCCGCCAACGUCGCCGUGCCUGAAGGCGGAGACCAAGAGCAAGGUGAACAUGAUUAUCAACCAGUUUGAGAGCAGCGGUCACUUGUCCACCAUGUUUAGCGUGGAAGCGUUGGCCGCCAAUGCACUCGCCUCGCUGACAUCCUUUUGCGAAAAUGAUGGUUGCAACAAUUACGAGCCAAUCAUGCCCCUAGCCACGACUCCCAGCAGUUUUCUGAAGAAGGUGUAGACUGCCGCACAUCCGUCAUCUGCUAUUUUACAUCCGACGUCUUGGAGAGCUCGUUCGUCUCUGUAUUGUAGAUUUAAUCCUUAGGCUAGUGAAAACCACUCUCCGGAUGUCACAUAACUAUGAAAAAGUUUUAAUAUCAAAACAAUGGUUGUUAACAUACGUAAAA